AAUGGAAUUUUUAUAUCCACACGAUAGAGGCCGUUUAAAAAUAUAAACAAUUUCUUCUGCCCAUCUAAUUUUAUAUUGUAUUUUGUAAAUGAUGCUGACUAUUGAUAAAGCACGCAAGCUGCCAAGAUGUCUAUUAUACCAUUGCUUGUACUAGUUGCAAUCUGUUUGACAUUUGCAUGCGGUGCUAACUCUUUUACAGGGGAAAAUAUGUAUACCUAUUCAAAAAGUAACAGCCCGUGUUAUAAAACCGAGAUGAACCUGUUGCUGGUUGGUGCGACUGGUGCUGGCAAAAGUUCCACGGGGAACUCUAUACUGGGCAAGAACGUCUUUGAAACAGCCUCUAACUCUGCACAGACAACCAAACAACUCCAGAUCGCGUCCGCGGAGAACGACGGAUACAAGUUCACUGUUGUCGAUACACCGAGUGAUUACGGCGCCGUACUCGAGCAGAACAGUUUGAGGGAGAUUUUAUUAAAAAACUCAUCAACAAGUUCUAAAUACUAUGAUGCUAUCUUGUACGUCAUAAGGUUUAAUAAUUUUAAUUCGGUAGAGGAUAAAAAAAACGUUGAAAUGUUAAAAAGUAUGUUUGGGGACAAAGUAAUGAGGGAAAAUACAAUUCUUGUAGCCACACAUCAUUUGAAAUGGUUGCAUGGUGAUGAAAGCGAACGUUCUCUUAUCGAUCGUUGGGACUUUUUUUUUUAUUACACUUUCAAAUACGUGCUAAAGGAUUGUGGGCGGAGAUUUAUUUUGUUUGACAACAAGCCUAAAGACAACGAAACGAUAAAGAAUCAAAUCAGAAGAUUGGCCGAAGAAGUCAAUGAAAUCAGAAAAACAUAUUCGAAACACAAUUUACGUUGGGGACUGGAAGAGACCGUGACAAAAAUUUGUAACGAGUUUAAAAACAUUUCAGCGGGCGACCCUCGGCGUUUGUAUUUGCUAGAGGGGCUAAAAAAUCGACUUUUAACCAAGAUUGAUUUUCUCUUGGAUAUAAUAACAAGGAAGCCGACAUUGGUACAAGUUCUGCGUGCAUCAAUCCAGUUGCUUGACGAAAUCAAUCGUGACAUUCUUGCAUUCAAUUUCCACAAGAACAAGGGACCUGAACCUAAACCUGGAUUCAUAGAACGUUUAGUAAGAUUCAAGAAUAAAGUGUGGUUUAUUUUAGGUUAUCCGUCCAAAUCAAAAGACCAAUGCGAAGAAAUGUAGAAUAAAAACAGGUUGGGGGUGGGGAUGAUUAGAAGUGUUGUAACUAAACUUGUAAGCAAUAAAUGAAAGUUGUUUAAUAAUGCAGCUCAACUUUUUUGAAAACAGAAUUUGUAAAUAUGCUAAGCACUUGAAAAAAUAACAAAAAUGCCCGACUGACAUUUGUCCGAAUGGUCGUUUGCUCGCAAGCCGUUUGCCAAAUUGCAACAGAUUAUCGAGAUGCAGUUAGCCCUAUUGUGUCCUAUAUGUCUUUAUGCGACUGGGUUACAGUAUUGGCUUGUCAAAAUAUUUUGUACGUGUAAACGUGGCGAAUGUGUCCAACACUUAAAGAUAGCCAGUGGAAUCAAACGAGCAUUAUUUUCCAUCCUCCCCGUCAUUAAAGAGGACAUCUAACGCUCUGGUCUUUCAUUUAACACAAGAGAUGGAGGAAAAUACCAACAAUAAAUCAUUGAUAGUUACAUUUCUCCGUCUGUUCGCUACUGGGCUAGAGCGAUCACUAACUCGGGCUUGGAGAAAAAGAGAGAGAAAACGGCCAACGGAAACAAUCAAGAUUUUAAAUGGCGUGAUUGUGUUGUGUGGGUUAAAAGAUACACGGAAAUAUUGUAUACGUUGUUAGUAUCAUCAUCUUCAUCAGGCUCGUCUCAUGAUGCUACAGUCAUUCCCCCCUAUCCCCAACAACAAUACAUAUACAAAUGUAUUUAUAAUUAUAUAAUUCUUAGAACAAUAAUUAUUGCUCGCAUUUAGCGUCAAAUACCUCUGAUUUUGGCAAGGCAAUUAUCAAAUAUAUUUUAGCUGACCAUGCUUAGAAAAUCCCUAUCUAAAAAGAAAACAAUUUUUAAUGACACUGAGUUUUCUGUUGAAAAGUUUUACUGUGACGUUCAGCACGUAAAAUUGUCUCAGGACAAAUCUAUUCAGUCUUAAAUUUACAGUUUUAGUGCUAAAGUAAAAACAUCUAAAAUAAUAACAGGCUUCAUUGAUUAGAAAGGACAUUAGUGUGUUCCAGUUCCAGCUUUUCUUCACAAAAUCUUAGUAUCGCUUAAUCUUGUAUCAUGUAGCUAA